AUGUCGGGCGAAAUUGAGGUGUUCAAGGUAUCCACAAAUCAUUUGAAACUAGCACAUGUUCCAGAGAUUAAAUAUUGUGUGUUUACAGCCUCCAAUGGCGAGGACCAAUCAAUUUUAGAUGCUGAGGUAUCGCUAAGGAAAAAGAAUCCAAAAGUGCUAGCGGUUUUAUAUUCAAAAGAACUAUGGACUUUUAGUAUGAAUAUAGAGGACCCACCUGUACCAGACCUAGAAUUUCAAUUGAAGCAAGAUCCAAUAAAGUCAUUCACAUCUUCCAGUAUUUAUGGUACUACAGAUCACAAUCCGUCUUCACUAUUGCCUUUAACCUAUGUUACUUUUCUAAGAGCAUUAAAGAAAAUGUUGAUACUUAACCUUUCAUCCCGUGGUGAACUGGUACCAUUUGGGAAUUCUGGACUAUUGCCUGAUAGUAAAUUCUUGCAACUAGAUCCCAAGCUUGCUUCUCGUGGGGAUUUGUUUCUUUCUAUCACAACUAAACCCCAUGAAUUGAAUAAACUUCAAGAACUAUCACCAGAUAUAGAUUUCAACAAAAACUAUGCUAUAUAUUUGGCACCAUCAGGUAUUCGUGCUUAUUUGGCAGGUGAAACUUUAGAAUAUUCAAAGACAACAGCUCCUUCAAACCAGAACACAAUUAUUGAAACACUGCUUGCCCUUCAUAGCAUCAAAUUGGACCCGGACAAACUAACAUGGUUGAAAAUGAUACCCAACUUAGGUCACCUGAAUGCAAUUACCACUCAAGUCUCAGAUUAUUUGAGAGCAGUUACAAAUAGCAAAUACCUCUUAUGGCCUCUUGAACUAUGUUUUGUUCAAAAAGCAGAUGAAUUUACAAAUGGGGCAAGAGAUCGUUUAGCGGAAUCUAUGAACGAUCAAUUCUCAUUGAUUGAUGAUUUUGCCAAUUUGAGAGCUACCUCAAGCUUCAAGACACCUUCCAAUAUACCCACUAGCAAUAAUACACCAAUCGCGUUUGAAAGUCCCUCAACAGAACCAAACAUUAUAAAACCGCAUUUUGAACGGAAAGCAUCAGCAGUCACUGAAACACCUGCUGGAACGCAUGAUAGCUGGAGUGAUUUGGAUGAAGAAUUAUUUGGAGAAGGCGAUGGUGUUACAGAUGCAGAUUUCAAUUUUUUUGACAAUGAUGAUGGGGAGAGAAACGAUGACGUGGACCUUGAGCAAGAGUUGGAUGAGGCAUUAGAGCAAACCGGGAAUGAAAUGAGUCUAGAUAAUACAGACAGUGGACCGGAUAUUGCAUUGGAGGAUAAACUUUCCAAUGAUUCAGAUUCUAGAGAUAACCAUUUUGAUAUACCCAUAGAAGAAAUUACCAUUCCAGGGACUCCAUUGUACACAGAUCCUGGUGCUCCUGAGCCUAUACAAUCACCAAAAAAUGUUGCUAGAAAGAAAAGUAUCUUUUCUCCUUUGAAUUUCAAUCCAAUUAUAAGGUCAAAUGUUGAUAAUAAGUACGCUAAUGGAGGUAAAUUUUUUGUUUCAAGUGUUGAUACACCAACCGGUGAAGCUGCGAUUCCAAGCUUGGCUGGCGAUAAAUUUGCUCAUGUUGAUGACGACACUGAUGAUGAAGAUGAUGAUGAUGAAGAUGAUGAUGAUGAUGAUGAAGAGAAUGAAGAGAAUGAAGAGGAUGAAGUUUUUGAGGAUGAAGCUGGUCAGGAUGGAAGCAUGAAUGUUACAGACCAAGAAAUGAAAACCGAAAGCAGGUCCGUUAUGGAUAGAACACCAUCUAUUGAUACAUCAGCUAGUGAAAAAAUACCUUUUGUUAGAGAUUCAACAGUGAAUAGACUUGACAGUACUGAACCGGAAUUCAAAAAGCUUAGAUUAGAGUCUGCGGUUCCACAACUUUCUGAAGAACAGAAUGAUCCAUCUAAAGACACAAGGAUUCCAUCUCCAGGGAUUGGAGCCAAUGGGUCCCCAAAUUGCGUACCAUUUCUACUCAGAUCCAUUCCCUUGCAUUCUAUACCCAGUCACUUCUAUUCGGAUACACCUACAGUGAAGCAUGAUGAUCUUAAACCAUUACUUGACACGUUCCUACAGCAGAUUAUUUGGGAUGAUGGAUAUUUGUCUGAAGCUAUUCCAAAAGUUGAUUUUUUCAAUGAUGAUUACCCAGAAAGCGUUCAAAGAGCUAUUGCACAAUUUUUCCCAGAAAUCCAUGAAGCAAAUUUAGCAGAGCUUUCUGGUAUGUCAAUAACAGACAGAAUGUUCAAAGAGUACAAUCAUGACAACGAAAUACAGGCAGAAUCACCUUUAUCAUCAUUCAAGAACCCAGAAUAUGUCUUGAGUUCAAAUGGACCUUCAACCGAUACUAUGGAUUUCGCUAUUUCUUCUGAGCUUCCAAAAGAUACUGAAGAAAGUAGUGUUGAUGGUGCAAAACUUUUUUUUGAAAUCCCUGAACCUAGAAUCACUGUUAAAAGAUUGGACCAAGAAGUAUCAGUCAAUGCAAGUGCAUUGUCCCUAUGGAACCUCAUGAGCUUUUCAUCACUGAAACCAUCUAAAGACUUCAGGCUACUGUUGGUUUCCCCGGAUAAUCUAGUAACCGAAUCAGAUUACUUGAUGACUGAUCUUUUGCAAAUAUAUCACAAGUGCCAGCUUGGAAAUAUUGAAAGGUUGCAAUCUUCAUUGGUUAAAAAGGGAGUUGCACCUGUUGAUUAUCACUCUGAUGUGUUUGAAGAAAGUGCUUUGAGUGUUGCUAGAAGUUUGAAUGAAAGUUUGAUUAAAGGGUCAAACUACAAAGAUAUUGUUAUUACUUUGGUUGAUUUUGAGCAGGAUCUCAAAUCAAUUAUCAAGUUGAGUCAGGUUUUUGAAAAGAUGAAGGCUGCAAUUCUAGCAAUACCUAAUGACCGAAAGCUACAGAUCAACGUCAAGCUAAAGAUUAUUCCAAGCACUUAUAUCAGCAAUAAUGGAGCUCUUUCAAUUCUUUCAAUCAACAAGUUAACCAAAUUGAGUUUGUCACUUUAUAAUGAUGUAUGUGGAGAGAAUGAAACAUAUGCAUCAUUGAGCUUUCCUUUACCAUCCAAAAUCAAUUUUCAAUUAACAAAGACACAUAUUGCUGGUAAACUUUUGUCUGAAGAUUCAUUCAUUCAUCUUGCGUAUGGUAGAUCUAUCGAUAAAGAGUGGUGUGCUGCUUCAUGGACUGAUCAAUUUGGCAAAAUGAGGAAAAGUAAAGCAUGGUACUGUCCUUCAAAAGUUAAAAAUUCCUUGGAAACAGUCACAAAUGAAAUGUGGGACUUCACUGUCCAAUUAUCAAAAUCUUUACCGGGAAAGAAAUUUUUAGUGUUAACCAGAACUGAUGGUAUGAUUCCCGAUGAUGAGCUAUUACAAUGGAAAAGAUUAUCAUCUAAAUCUAGGGAACUGGCAUUGGUUGUUGUGUCUGUGAAUGAGAAUUCAAAAUUAUUGUUGACAAUGGACAAUCCUCAAUAUCCUCUUGACAAGCUAUUCGAUCAAGAAAAAUCGUUUGCAAACACUGCUGGAUUGACAAGAAUUGAAGCACCAAAUACAGUCGGUUCUUCCACAGGCUUAACACCUUCAACCAUUUUCACACCACAGCCAGUAAACAGUCCUGAUUUGUUCACAAUUUCUAGACCAAGCACACACGAGUCACCUUCAGACUUCCGUGUCACUUCGGAUGAAUCAAGCUCAAUUGUCAAUAUAGCUGAUAAAGUUCAUGCAUUAAUUUAUACAAAUCCAAGUCCGCUUGCCAAUUCUCCAACAAGAUUAAGUAUCAAAACUGGAUUUUUGAUCAAACCAGUUCCAAAUAGUCAGAAUAAACUUGCAACAUUUGAAAUUAAUGUGUUAAGUUGUCCUGGCAAUCUACCUUGUGAUGAAUUUAUGAAUAUGAUAUUAAUUCAAUAUAGAAACCUUGCUACAAUCGGAGAACUAUAUGGUGUUAACGAUACACAAUACCACUCACUGAUUCCAUGGCACAUAGCUGCUGUUGUCAAGAGUUUGAAUUGUUUAGUUCAUGUACGAGUGGAAUAA